AUGGAGAAUAUAAAUUCUCAUAUACCUCCAAUUAAAUCUCACACGAAAAGGAUCAAAAAUAAUAUAAAUACAUCUAUAAUUAUAUCCAAACAAACUCCAACUAAUCUCAUUUUAAAAAAGGAUAAAUCUGAUAUGAUUCUCGCUUGCUCUAGAAGAUUUAAAAAAAAAUUUCAAAACAUUUUACCUCGCAUUUUCCCUAAGAUUAAUCCAUUAGUGGAGCAACAUACCUGUGGCCUUAUGAAUAUAUUUUGCCAAUUUUGUCAAUCUUUAAAUUUUUUAGCUGAAAGACCUUCAGAUGGUAGAUUUACCCAUUGUUGUCAUAAAGGUAAAGUCAAAAUUACUCAAUCGCCAUAUCCUGAUUAUUUAAAAAAUCUCUUAUCUAACUCCUUAGAUCCCUUGCACAAAAAUUUCAUGCAUCAUAUUAGAUCUUAUAAUAGUGUGAUCGCCUUCGCCAGUAUGGAACACAAAUUUCAGAAUUAUCAGGCCAUUGCAGGACGUCUUCAGCACCCUGCCAAUUCUGAUUGUGAUAUAAAUAUCAUGAGACAUUUAGAUGAGCUUAUACGCCAAAUUAAUCCCUAUGCUUUAAGUUUCAAAACCUUAGGGGAAGUUGAGAAAGCUGAGUUAUCCCUUGCAGAACAUUCAAAUAUAUUACUGCCAAAGAUUAAUAUGAUAUUUCGUGGAGAUCGUUCUAGCGACCGUAGGCGAUAUAAUUUUCCUACAAUUGAUGACGUAGCAAUGAUUUUUACAAAUGAUGAUGGGGAACCUCCCUUUAAGAGAGAUAUAAAAGUGUAUCCUAGAUCCAAUGGGAAUAAUUUAGUAAUUCUUAACGUAUUAAGCCCUAAUUUAGACCCAAUGGUUUACCCUGUACUAUUUCCUCAUGGAGAUCCAGGUUGGCAGCCUAAUAUGAUUGCUGAAGGCUUUGAAAAUUCUGGGCGUUCAAAAAUAUCCAUGCUACAAUUUAAAAUUGCCCGUUUAGCGGUUAGACAAAAUAUUUUUAACCCCCUUCUUAAUGCCGGGAGACUAACUCAACAAUAUAUUGUAGAUUCCUAUCUACAAGUUGAAGCUAAUAAUCUUAAUUUCAUAAAGUUUAAUCAGUCUAAGUUACGCGUUGAGGAAUAUUCAGGACUAAUGAAUUAUUUAGCCUCCGAUUUUUCCAAUAAUAUUUAUAUACCUAUAGGACGGGCAGUUAUUCUACCAUCUUCUUUUCAAGGUUCUCAUAGAAACAUGCAAGAGCGUUAUCACGACGCAAUGUCUAUCGUCUUAAAAUAUGGCAAACCCGAUCUUUUUAUAACUUUUACUUGCAACCCAACAUGGCCCGAAAUAUCCGAAAAUCUUUUUAACGGUCAAACGCCUGCCGAUAGACCUGAUAUAGUUUCUAGAGUUUUUAAAAUUAAAUUAGCUGCUUUUUUAUCUGAUAUCACUAAAAAUAACAUGUUCGGGAAAAAAUUGGCAUAUGUUUAUACAAUUGAAUUUCAAAAAAGAGGAUUACCUCAUGCCCAUUUGUUGUUCAUUAUAAGUUCAGAGCAUAAAAUUGAUACCGCUGAGGCUAUAGAUAAAUUUGUAUAUGCCGAGAGACCAGAUAGGACUAACAAUUCACAAUUAUUUAACAUUGUUACGCGUUUUAUGAUUCAUGGCCCCUGUGGCAUUCUUAAUCCUCGAUCACCUUGCAUGGAUAAUGGCGUAUGUACUAAAAAUUUUCCUAAAGAUUUUAUAAAUGAUACAAUAACAAAUACUAAUGGGUAUCCUCUAUAUAAAAGAAGGGAUGUAGGUUUUAUAUUAAUAUCCGGUAAACCUGUUGAUAAUCGUUUUGUUAUUCCAUACAAUACCUACUUACUUUUAAAAUACAAUGCUCAUAUCAAUGUUGAAAUAUGCACUUCUGUUUAA